AUGUCUUGGGCCUCAGCAAUUGCAUUGCUCUGUUACUGCUACGCUGUAGCAGCUUCCGCACCAAAUUGCGCAUUGAGUCUUGCCGCCCUCCUGCGCUUCAUCUACCUCCUCGCCGUCCUUCCCCUUGGCCUCUCCUCGAUCCUCCUAGUCCUGCCUUCUGCGGUCUUCCUAGCCUGCCUCUGCAACUUCAAGCUCCUCCUCUUUCAUUCUGCACAGGCCCUCUCUCUCUCGCUCACGGAGCUGCCUCCAACACCCUCCAAACCACCCCCCCCCUACAGAGCAGAGCCAAGAUAUCUGGAAGCACAGCCCGUGGAUCAGGACCCGACUAGGAAGCACGUCCAAACAAUACAGAAACGCUCAGCUUCAUCACCAGUUUCAUCCCUCUGCUACUGCAUAGCAGCUUCAGUCCCUAAAGGCACAUUGAGGCUCAUCUCCCUCUUGCCCCUCUUCUACCUCCUCACCGUACUUCCCCUCGGCCUCUCCUCAUUCCAUCUAGCCGGGCCGACCACGUUCCUCCUCAUGUGGCCCUGCAACUUCAAUCUCCUCCUCUUCUCCUUUGGUGCAGGCCCUCUAUCUCGCUCCCCGAACUGCCUCCACUUUGUCUGGCAUCAGAGAAACCGUGGGCAAACAAGAACCAUGCUGUCCCUGUCCAGAGCCACCGACAUUAACCAAUGCUCGGAAGGAUUUGGGUCUUUACAUAAUCUUCAAGGAAUGGUUCUGUUGGCUACUAAUGUGUUGCUUCUAUCUUUACUUUCUCAUGCCUACAACUACGGGCCCUUCUUACCCCCCUGCAUUGUUUGGGGCCUCUACUGCCGACACGCUUUCCUUGAAAUAGAACUCGUGCUGGCCAUCUAUGCAAUCCCUGCUUGGGUCGUGCUGAGAGGGCUUGGGCUCGAGCUUGAGCCACAGUUCGACAAACGUCAUCUCACAACCUCCCUCGAAGUCUUUUGGGGCCGUAGAUGGAACCUAGCAGUCUCCGGGAUCCUCCGCUUGACCGUCUACAAUCCCUUGCGGAGUAUCUGUGUCCCAAUAAUUGGCCCUGACCUAGGCACCUAUGCUGCUGUCAUCACCACAUUCACAGUCUCGGGCUUAAUGGACGAGGCUCUGUUCUUUUACUUCACGAGAGCAGGCCCCACAUGGGAAGUCACGGCAUUCUUUCUAAUACAAGGAGUUUCAUGAUCGCUGAGAAGGCGGCAAAGAAGCGGUUUGGGAAAACUUGGCAGCCUCACAGCCCACAAGAUGGUCUCACGGGUCUUGACAUUGGGGUUUUUAAGCACGACCGCGAUUCAGUUGUUUGGUCUCCCCUUGACGAGGCCCGGGAUCUAGGACAAGGCCAUUAGGGAAUGGCACGCCAAAA